AGGUACCGGUUAUGGAAAUCAAACCAUAACCGGUACCUUAGUCAGUAAGUUCACGCCCAUGGAGUGAUAUUUACCAGGUUUAUCAUUCGCACUGUGAGUAAUUGCCUUGGGACGAGGUUAGUGAUUAAUUAGGGUUUACCCUUAGCUAUUUGCGUGCGGGAGUGGUACUGAGCUGACUAACAACUCCGUCUCACCAUCUUCCUUCCAGCUUAUUACCACUUUACGAACGUUGAAGCGAGUUGAUUAAAAAGUAGGGUGAAUUUGAACCAUGAAGACACUGAACGAAAUGGAUGACCUUUGCACCUCCGGCUUUGGUAGACCACAGCCCAGACACGGGCUUCAACUCCUUCACUGGUUCGCCAACAAGUAUGUUAAAAAUUUCACCAAUGGCGAAGUGGAAAUAGAGCGCAACCCCAAUAAGAAAGCAUUUGGCUGCCAGCGAGUCACUGACAACACAGACACAAAGUACCAACUUCUACCGAAUCAACGGCUCCCAUUCUACGUGCUGGGCGAUCUGUAUGCUCCAGGGGCAGAGGAUUUGCCGGAUUACGUCAGCAAAAACCACACAGAAAAAAAUAAUGUCAGCAACAAGGACCGGAUCAUCUUCAGCCUCCAGCCAGACAAAGUCUUGGACAGGAUCUACGUGACCCAACAUGAUCACCGCAGUGGUGCUUUUGACCCCCAGCGCACCUUUCGCAUCAGCAAGGGUUUGAUUAAAAUCAUCAGUAGACUGGACCUGGAUGAGCUCCUGGAGAAGACCGGAUACUCACUUCCUCGUCCUUCCCCCAUGGACACGCUGAACGAAAUGAGACACCUCACGUCAUCUGAGUUUGGUAGACCCUGGCCCAGACAUGGUCUUCAUCUCCUUCACUGGUUCUCCAAAAAUUAUGUCACAAUUUCCGAAAAUGGAAAAAUUAUGACGGAGCGAAAUCUCAGCAAAAAGGCAUUUGGCUUUCACCCCUUCUACGACAAUGACCAACUGCUACUGGACCGGGGAUUCCCAUUCUACGAGGUGGGCAAUCUGGGUGCCCCAAAGGCUGAUGAGCUUCCAGGUUACGUCCGUGAAAACUACACAAGAAAGAAUGACGACAGCAACAUAGACAGGAUCAUCAUCAGCCUCCAGCCAGACAAAGUCUUGGACAGGAUCUACGUGACCCAACAUGAUCACCACAGAGGUGCUUUUGACCCCCAGCGCACCUUUCGCAUCAGCAAGAGGUUGAUAGAUAUCAUCAGUAGACUGGACCUGGAUGAGCUCCUGAAGAAGACUGGAUACGUCUAAGACUUGCCCUCAUGACCCAGGAUGUUUAGAAGAACCCUCUAUACACCUACUUUCCCAGUCACCUCAUUUCCAGUGUUCAAAAUUAAGAUCUGCGUAUUUACUGUGGCUGCGAAUCAGAUGUUUUCAUGACCAAGAGACCGAGGAUCUGAAUCUUCUGCAUGUGGUCACAUCACAAUGAACUGUGCACUCCACUUAAUGUUACUCCAAUGAACUGGGGUAUGUAGGUCGUUCCUUUGGUCCAAUCACAAAUUUGUCAAACUGACACUAAAGAUGGAAUUAUAUUUUUAAGUUAAAAUGAGAAGUACAAACUAAAGCACUGUUGGGAGUAGGGCCACAGAGGUCAUACAUAAUUUAAGAGUUUGAGACCAUUUAAUGUAAUGAAGGCUUAUAUAGAGACAUACAGCUAUAGACCACAAAUGUUUCCCAUGCUCAAGAUAUACAAAUGUGCCUCUGUGUAACUAUUUGAUCAUUUACUAUAUAGUCCAGUGUUCUGUUCUGACCUUUGAUAGACAUGUUAUAUUCUGAUCUUUUGAUUCUUUGAUAGAUGUUUUCUGUAUUGGGUUGCAUUUCUUUCAUACGAUACAUCACUGGUCUUGUCAAUAUGAGAUUAUAUUGUAAGAUUUUUUAUUAUAAAAGUAUGUAUAUUACA